AUGCUUUUGAACAGGUUGGCGAAGGUUAUUCAUAAGAUCAUUUCGGUGGAUCAAGCGGCCUUUGUGAGAGGCCGUUCUUUGUCUGAUCAUGUGCUUAUGGCUCAAGAGGUUUUUAAUAAGUUCAGAUGGUCCAAAUCUAGAGGAGGAUUGUUAGCAAUCAAGUUGGAUAUGGAGCAGGCGUACGAUAGCUUGGGUUGGGAAUCUUUAAGGCAAUUCCUCCUUCAUUACAAGUUUCCUUUUAAGUUUAUGAAACUCUUAUUGCAGUGCGUGCUCAAUCCAAAAUUCUGCAUUUUGAUUAAUGAAAAGAAGAUUGAUUGGAUUGAUGGAAAAUGUGGAUUUAGGCAAUGGUGCCCUUUAUCCCCUUUUCUUUUUAUUUUGUGCUCACAAAUUCUUUCUGAUGCUUUUUGUUCAAGGAUUAGUAGGGGUGUCUCUGUCUCUCGGUUAACCCUUAAGGUAUCUCAUUUACUUUUUGCGGAUGAUAUCUUAAUUUUCUCGGAGGCCAAGGUGAAGGAAGUUAAGGAGUUGAGGAGGAUCACCAACAAAUACUGUGAUUGGAUAGGGCAAAAAGUUAAUUACUCUAAGUCCAUGAUUUUGUUUGGUAAACAUACAGGGAGAAGAAUUCAAAAGAAGGUUGUUAAACUUCUUAACUUUAAACAAGUUAAGGAAUUCAGUUAUCUUGGUGUUAAAAUGACUUUGAGGAGGUCGGGGCCUUCGGAUUUCGAGAACCUUUUUGAAUCAGCAUCUUGUAAGCUGAAUACAUGGGGUACUAAGAGCAUCUCUUUGGAAGAGGUUUCUUAUGGAGGAAGGGGGAUGGUAAUGCUGGUAUUCAUUAUGUUUCUUGGAUCCUACUUUAUUUUGAGAGUUAAAUAUAGAGAAGAUAUCUGGUCCUCUUCUGUGAAGGUUGGGUGCUCACCUGCAUGGAAAAUCAUUACUAUGGGGGCUAAGUUUCUUAGAAACGUGGUUAGAUGGAGGAUUUACAAUGGAGAAUCAAUCAAUUGGAUGCAUGAUUCAUGGAUAUUGGAUAAAUGUAUUGCUAAGUGGCCUACAUUUGUUAAUGUUCAGAAUUAUUCAGAAUUCACUCUUAGCUCCUUCAUUACUGAUGGCCAUGAGAAUUUUCAUAAGUUGAAAGAAGCAUUUGGAGCUCAGCUGAUUGAGCUCAUUUCUAAUAUACCGAUUGAUGACAGCAGCUUUGCUGAAUGUAUGGUCGGAAUCAAGAGUUUUCUGGGUAGGCAUGCUCUUGUUGCAAAUCUUUUUUGUACAACUGUAUGGCUGGUUUGGAAGAGCAGAUGCAGAUUGGUGCAAGGUGAUAAAGAAGAAUCCGAUAAUUCUAUAGCUCCGGAUUACUGGAAUGCUAACCAGUAUUUGCUAUUUUUUCAUUGGCAUCCCCCUCCUCCUAGCUGGAUAAAAAUUAAUGUAGAUGCAGCUAUCAAGAAGAACAAUAUAGCUGGUAUUGGUGGUGUUGCAAGAGACGGCAAUGGGAGAUUUCUGAUAUCCUUUGGUUAUCAGCUUUUGCACUGGGAUGCAGCUCAGUUGGAGAUGGUAGCGGUGUUGUAUCUGAAAAAUGUGAAUCAAGAGUAG